GCCUGCAGAUAGAGAAACGCCUCAAGGAGAUCGACGAGUUCCCUGAGGAGUACUUGUGGGAAGCUUCUCAUUAUCUGGUGAAGCAGGUGUUCAACAGCAUCAAGGAGAUGUUCUCAGCAACUCGAGAUAUCCAGAACUGGCUGACAGAGAGUGCCAAGCUCAUUGCCCAGUCAGGCCGGACGGUGGAGUGGGUCACACCGCUGGGGCUCCCCAUCAUGCAGCCCUACUAUCGCUCCAGGUCCACUGUGCUGAAUUGUGGCAUGCAGCGUUUGAGUGUGAAAAACUCCAACAGCAGCCAGAAACCUGACACUGUGAAGCAGAAGAAUGCCUUUCCCCCCAACUUCAUCCACUCUCUGGACUCCACACACAUGAUGCUCACAGCACUGCACUGCCUCAGGUAGGCAGUGGGCAGCUGGGCUCUCACCUGGU